AUGUUAACUGAAUCAACUCCUAUUCCAUCGAUAUGGUUUGUAGAACCAUCGGAAGAUAGUCGUACAAAAAAUGAUGAUCAUUUAAUAUUCCCUUGUUAUCCUCAUCGUUCAUUCUAUAAAGCUGAAUUAUUAAUCAAUGAACAUUUAAAAAACAAUUGGAAUACAUGUUGGACAAAAGUUCUUGCUGUCAAUGAAUUAAUUAUUGGUUUAUUGAUACUUACUAUUGGUAUUCUUAUAGUUCUUUUUCAAUUUACACUUUCAACAACAGGUCAUGGUUUAUGGACUGGUACAUUAGUAUUUAUUGCUGGUUUAUUUGCUUUUUUUACUAUUAUCUAUCGUCAUCAUCGAUUUUUUCUUCUUGUUGCUAGUAUUCAUAUUCUUACUGGAUUAGCAUCAACUAUUUUAAUUUUUAUUUCCAUAUUUGCUCUUGCAUUACAAAUGAAUAAUAAUAAUAAUAAUAAUUCAAAUUUUAUACUAAAUAUUAAUGACCGUCAACUUAACUAUGGUUUACAUGUUACACUGAUUGCAUUAGGUCUUUAUGAAAAACUUUUGUGUUAUACAUUCUUAAUAAUGAUUAUUCGACACACACACAAGAUGGUCUAA